UGCUGCUGCUGCUGCUGCUGCUGCUGCUGCUGCUACUGCUGCUGUGGUGAUGGAUUAACCGUUUCUUAGACCUGCCUGACGACAAGCCUGCAUCUCUCUCUCUUUCAUCACAUACUUUGUCCGAGGAGCAAACACAAUCUGGGAAACCUUGACUACUGCAGCUCCUCUCACUUAUUGUGACACACACAUACAUCAUCACGUCAGUCGCAGCUCUGCAACAGGAGAGUAGUUGUCUGCAGGAGAGGACUGAUCCUGACUGACUGAAGCCUGAAAUCUGUCCGACUACAUCUCCAAAACCACCAUCUGGGACUAACAGGGAUGGAGGGAGACGGCUGUAAUCCUGGUGUAGCUAUGGAUUCAGGUAAUCCGCUGCUGAGAGCAGUGUUCCUACGUCGUCUGAGGCUCACUCGACUGCUUCUGGAGGGCGGCGCUUACAUCAAUGAGAGCGACAGCCAAGGGCAGACGCCCCUGAUGGUGGCCUGCAGGACCCAGCACACCGACACCCAGAGUGCCAGCCGGGUCAAGCUCAUUCAGUUUCUUCUGGAGAAAGGAGCAGACCCCAACAUCCAGGACAAAGAAGGUCGCUCUGCGCUGAUGCAUGCGUGCCGGGAUCUGGCCGAUCCUGAAGUGGUGUCUCUGCUCCUGGCCAACGGAGCGGACAUUAGCCUGGAAGACCAUACUGGGACAUCAGCGUUAGUCUAUGCAGUCAUGGCCGGAGACUGGAAAGUGCUGAAGCUGUUGCUCGACACAUGUAAGGCGAAGGGGAAGGAGGUGAUCAUCAUAACAACAGACAAAUUCCCAUGUGGGAAACUGCAGGCAAAGCAGUACCUCAGCAUGGCUCCCCUUGGUCCUCUCGAUCAGCCAGACAAAGUGACACCAACGGCUCCUGCAUCACCAUCUGAAGUCCAACUCAUCACCUCCCCCCAGUGCACUUCAUCCUCCUUAUGCCCCCCAAAACCUAUCUUUUCCUUUAAAGAAGGGCAGAUCUGUGGUGUAAGCUCCCAUCCAUGUUCCCCGUCACGACUUCGAGGGCUAGGCCAAGCGGCUCUAAAUGGACUGCAGCAGCCUCUGCUAAGGCUGAACUCUGAGCCCUGGUUAAAGAUCCCGGCGUCUCUGUUCACCCAGCAAACUCAUGCAGCUUUGUCCUCAGAGAUGGGCCAAGGCUUUAACCUGACCGAUGAACUCUCUUUUAGAGUUUGCAAACUAGAUGGAGGCAACACUACACACAGCUUCAACUGGUGUGAAGGAAAAUUUGCAAGGGAUAAAGGAGAUGGAAAGACUGACUGUGCCAAACAUGUAGGGCAAAAGAUGUCCUUACCAGGUCUUCUAUCAUCCCACUCUGCCUCCCACCCCAAUCUGCAUUCUGAAAACCUUAGUACAGAUUCAUCCACCUCCUCUUCUUCGCUUUCCGGUGGCAAAAACCUCAGCACACCCCUUCACAGCAUGGCCUCAUCCAGCCUUCACAGCGUCAUCCAGAGGCGCAAGUUAGGCACAGACAUCUACAGCUCUGACCCCCAGCUAGCUGUAGACAUUCAAACUCUCCCUGAAGAGCAAAGAGCUAGAGACCCAACAGAUGGUAAAAGGCUGGCACCAAUACGCUGCUCCAGCACUCUGGGCUCCAGGGAUUCACUGUCGGGUCCCAACAAGAGACUUCUGUCUGGGUAUGAGCGCAGAGGGUCCGGUGCCUUUUUGUUGGACCACAACUCCCAGGCCAGGCCUCGAUCUCUGCCACCUCUAAUCAACACCCCCAUCCUUAAUGGUUAUAACCUCAGCUCUGGCAGUGGAGGUAGUUUCUCAGAGAAACAUUUCCUGCCCUCUGCUCCUCCUGGGCAGCCCAAAGAGUUGACAAGAAGGAUGUUAAUGAGGAGACACUCGAUGCAGACCGAACAGUUCAAAAGUACAGCUUGAAAUUCAGAGAAAAAGUUCAGCAGUGUGUUUAAAUGUUUAUAACUCUGUUGGCAUGUGAUGCAGUGUCUGUGUAGUGAAAUUCAUUUAGAAAAACCGAAGAGGAAUACAAUUUCUAAUUAGCGUGCUAUGUUGUCUCGUAGCUUUAGUGUGCAGUUUAGAUCUUUCAGGCCACUUGAUAGCGGUGAAUCAAGCUGAAACCACCACAUCUGAUGUAAUUUCACUUUAUAAAGUUGAAGGUGUCAGCAGUCCACAUUAAGGAGACUUACGGGGGGUACUACAAAGCAAAAUUAAAGAGUUGGUGAGUUUUCAGUGUCAGUAAAGCAGCUCUCUUUUAACCUGCUAGGUCACCAUGUUAAUGGAUGCUGCACAGCUAACAUGCUCCAGAGGAGGUUCUGUUCAAAGUUUGAGAUUUAAAUCGGCUGUAAGAAGCAUCUCCCCAUCACCAACACUUUUCCUGACAAUCCUCUCUAAGUGUUACAGAUUCUCAGCUGAGGGAUAUACUAUAACUUAAGAUCUGUUUAACUGUAAAUAAUCAAUCCCAGUGAGCAAAGUUGUGAAGUUACAAUACUGCAAACUGUAUGUGUUGCUUUGCCAUCGGAACCUACAUGCAUUUAACUGGUGAUGUAGGAAAUGAAUAAAAGUAUUUUUAUGUCCUGA